ACAUCCGAGAGCAGAGCUGAGGCUUAAAACUUAAAGUGGCAAUGGAGAUCAGCAGCUGUCUUGCAGCUCUGCUGGCGUCUCUCCUGAUUCUGCAGUUCUUGAAGCUGCAGUGGGCACGGCGCCACUUCCCACCUGGACCACUUCCGCUACCUCUCCUGGGGACCCUGUGGUGCUUUGGCUCUGGAUGGCAUCAAGACACCCUCUCCAAGCUGUCCAAGGUUUACGGGAAGGUCUUCACCAUCUGGGUUGGGCACAAGCCGAUGAUUGUCGUGAAUGGCUUUCGUUCAGUGAGGCAAGCGCUCAGCAACUACUCGGAAGAGACCUCGUGCCGUGUAGUAACUUCCUUUGUCAAAGACACAAUGAAAGGAAAGGGUAUCCUAUUUUCAAGUGGCCACAGCUGGAAGGAGCAGCGGCGUUUUGGGAUCUUGGUGCUCCGAUCGCUGGGCCUUGGAAGAAGAAGCAUGGAGUUCUGUGUGCAAGAGGAGGCUGGCCACAUGGUGGAGUUCUUUGCAAGCAAGAGAGGCGAAUGUGUAGACCCUAGAAUCCCCCUCUUCCAUGCCUUCUGUAGUGUGAUCUCCCGCGUAAUUUUUGGACACCCUUUCGACAUUGAAGACAAAGUGUAUCAGAAGCUGAUAGAAUGCAUUGAGUACGAAGCACAUUUUUUCCUCUCCACAUUUCAUUUGUUGUAUGAACUGUUUCCGUGGCUGAUGCGCCGCCUCCCAGGACCCCACCAGAAGGCUUUCUCAUGCCUGGAGCAUAUCCAUUCAUUUGGAAGGAGUGAGAUCAGAAGGCACAAGGAGAAGAGGGAAACAGACGAACCACGGGAUUUCAUUGACUUCUAUCUGGAUGAAAUAAAUAAAAAGAAGGAUGACCCCGAAUCGACCUUUGAUGAAGCCAACUUGGUUCAUGUCAUUUACGACCUCUUCACAGCCGGGAUAGAUACUGGGUCUUCCACUUUGUCCUGGGCUCUGCUCUUCAUGGUGAUUCAUCCAGACGUCCAAGAGAAAGUUCAGGCCGAGAUUGAUGCUGCCGUGACCCGUUCCCAACGCAUCUCCUAUGAGGAUCGGAUGAACCUGCCCUACACCAAUGCUGUCAUUCAUGAAAUCCAGCGCUACAAAUAUGUACUCUUGGUUGGAAAUUUCAGGCAAUGUGCAAAGGAUACAACUAUGUUUGGUUUUCCCAUUAAAAAGGAUACUGUAAUUAUUCCUGAUAUAGCCUCUGCUCUAUAUGACCCUGAAGAGUGGGAGACGCCUCACCAGUUCAACCCAAACCACUUCCUGGAUAAAGAAGGGAACUUCUUCGUCAGAGAUGCUUUCAUUCCAUUUUCAAUAGGGAAGCGUUUCUGUCUCGGGGAGAAUCUGGCAAGGAUGGAGAUUUUCCUCUUCUUCACUAACCUGCUGCAAGCGUUCACGUUACGGCUGCCUGAUGGCGUGCGGGAGCUCAACACAAACGGUGUGAGAGGAAGGUUAGCUGUGCAACCGUAUCCUUACACAAUCUGCGCUGUUCCUCGCAAGGCUACAGCUUGGAAGAGGGAACCAGAGGCUAGCCAGAGAGCUUAGAAGCAGACGCCACCAAACCAAGCUACUUCCCCAUGAAUCCUGAUGGAGAAUGCUUAACUGCGUUGGUUAAGAAAUCUGAUGUUGCUGAACAGGAACUCCUCUGUGGAAACCCAAUUUGUGGGUACAUGGCUUUCUAACCAAACUCAACAGCGAUCUUCUAGAUGUGAAUGUCUUCCGGCUGCUAAUUUAUUUGCAAUAGGAUUCAGCACUCGUUUUCAACUCCUCAUGCAUAUCAAUUUUCUGGCUCAAACUUCAUCGUUCAUGGGCUAGUUCAUUGGCGAACCACCCUCUCAGCCUGAGCCCCUGUCUGUAUUGUAGUAACAGGAUUGCUUCCUUGCUAGUGUAGGUGCCUUGCCAGUGUCCUGUUCACCUAACUGCCUGCUUUAACCGGAUUUUCACCUUGGGGCCAUGAGUUUCAUUUAACAUCCUAGAGCAGCAAUAGCCAAAAAGGGUAGCAAAAAAACCAGUUACAUCUUAUCAAUCACUGUGAAACUACUUCAUCAGGGGAGCCCCUCUUCACGGUCCCUAUGCAGGAUGAAGGAUGUGGUAUGGGGAUCAGGAAGGGAGGGGCCUUUUCAGUGGUGGCUCCUCCAAUUUGGAAUUCCCUUCCUAUGGAGGUGGGUUUAUGGGUUUGAGCAGCUGGUUAAGACUCGCCUUUUUUCAGUGGGCAUUAGGAGGAGAAAAGACGUGGUUGCAGAAAUCAGCUAGUUGCUGCUGCUGCUGCUGCUGCUUUUAAUAAAUCACUGUUUUGUAGGUUGUUAUACCUCAGUGUGUACUUCAGGGACUUAUUAUAUGUUAUAGUUAUUUUAUGCAUUCUUUUCUCCAUGUUUGAUUUUUAUAAACCACCCUUUGUACAAGCCCCAGGGUGGUUCGGAACAAUCACCCAACUGGAUAAAUGAAUGAAAUGAAAGAAGUGGACUCACUAGCAGGGUUUGAGAAAACACUUACAAUUCAUAAAACAAGCAAAAAAAAAUUUAAGAUGUUUUUGUAUAUAUUGUAAUGUGUUAUCGUUGCUAUGGCCGUUGGCUAAUGCGAAUAAAGUUAUUUAUCUAUCUUAA